ACGUUCUUCGGAGUACACUCAAGCGAGAGCCAUUUCAUCAAGAACAUUCGAGAAAGUUCGUUCCUCACCAGAAAUCCCCGGAGAGCCCGCGUGUUCUUCACUCCCAUGCCUUGCCAUCAUAUGAUUCGGCUCUGUUUCGCCAAUUCCCCGAAGCACCUAAUCGAUGAGAGCAUGAAGAUCUCCAACAAAAAGGAUAACACGAAACCGCGUGUGUUCUACAUUCCCUAUACUUGCAAGAAGAUGGAUCCAAAGUCAAGUCGAUUCAAUCCAAUCCAGGAACCAAUCUCCGAUCCAAUCCAGGAAUAUUCAUUCCUUACCUUCGAUACAUUCCAGAACUCGCCAUCAUUCGCCAGAUACGGACUAUUCGAAAAAACAAACACCACAUCCGUCGAGACCCCCUUCGUCAUUUGCGACGAAUUCGCUGCAAAAGCCAUCGAAGAACUCGCAGUGCAGCCUCAGAACUCUGUUCGAUUAGUCUGUUUACAGGGGAGCAAACACAAGCUCGCGUCGUAUAUCGACAUCCCACUUCCGGCAGUGAUCUCACCGCUAUCCGAUCAGCCUGAAAACACCACAAGGACAACGCUCGGUUAUUGGGAAGGCGUUUGCGAGACGUAUGUAAGCAAAAUGCUCGUCAUGCUGUGGGACGACGACGAAAAGCUUUACGUCAACUGCACAGAGAAUUAUUACGACGAAAGCAGAGCAGAGAAGCUCGUGGCUGCCCUGUUCUGCAUUUGUCCCGACGCCGGCGCCAAGUGCAUUGCUGAAGCUAUUCAUUACGGAUGCGUGCCGGUAAUCUUGGGCGAUGAGUAUGCUUUGCCGUUAGACAAAGUCCUUAAUUGGCACAGGUUUUCGAUUCUUUUGGAGGAGAAGGAUGUUUAUGAACUCAAGAGAAUUCUAGAGAGUAAAGACAUUGCAAAGGUUCAGAGCCUACAGAAGAAUCUGAUCAAGGUAAGAAGACAUUUCAGAUGGAAUCGAGCUCCGAGGAUGUACGAUGCAUUCCACAUGACGGUAUAUCAGAUUUGGGUCGAAGAAAAAGAGUGCCGGAAUCUAGAGCACCUCAUGAUCUCGGCCAUCGGCAUCAGCAGCCACUCGAAGCCGCGAUCGCAAACUACUCAAAUUUUUUGGAUCUAG